UGGCAUAACUCGCAGCUAAACCUCCUAUAAAAUCAAAUGAGUCAAACAAAGAGAAUAGCAACCAUGGAGCAGAAUAAAAGAGUAUGCAUCAUAGGCGCUGGAAUAAGCGGACUGGCAGCAUUGAAAUACUUAUUGGAGAGAGGAUUCCGGCCGGCGGUCUUCGAGGCCAAACGAGGCAUCGGCGGCGUGUGGAAAAGCACGCCGGCAUCGACAAGAUUGCAAAAUGAAAAGUGGGAUUAUCAAUUCUCCGACUUCCCGUGGCCGGAGAAGGUGACAGAGGUUUGUCCUGACAGUAAGCAGGUGAUAGAGUAUUUAGAAUCCUAUGCUGAACGAUUUGAUCUUAUAAGACAUGUGAGGUUCGGAGAGAAGGUGGAGGGGAUAGAGUAUGUUGGUGUAGGAGAGGAGGAGAUGAAGGCGUGGGAUCUGUGGGGUGGGACCGGCGACGCGUUUGGCGGCGGGCGGCGAGGGGUGUGGCAUGUUACGGUGCGGCGAGAGGAAGAUCAAACUACAGAGGUACAUGUGAUGGAUUUCGUGAUUCUCUGCAUCGGACGGUUUGGCGAGCAUCCAAAUAUUCCAACAUUUUCAAAAAACAAAGGUCCGGAGGUCUUUAACGGUAAGGUGAUUCAUUCAAUGGAUUACUCUAAGAUGUGUAGCACAACUGCUUCUAAUUUAGUGCGAGGGAAGCGAGUUACUGUUGUGGGUUAUCUCAAAUCAGCAUUAGACAUAGCUGCAGAAUGUGCAGAUAUUAAUGGACCUGAAUACCCUUGUACAAUGAUAGUUCGAACAAAAAGAUGGAACGUAUCUCAUUGGAUGGCAUGGGGCAUUCCACUAGGUUAUAUGUAUUUAAAUCGCUUCUCUGAAUUACUCCUUCACAAGCCUGGGGAAGGGCUCCUAUUAAGCCUUUUGGCUACCUUACUUUCACCUUUGAUGUGGGUCUUCUCAAAGUUUACAGAGAGCUUCUUAAAGAAAAUGAUUCCCAUGAAGAAGUAUGACAUGGUACCAGAGCAUAGUUUUUUUCAUGGGAUAUCUACGAAUCAGUUUUGCCUAUUACCAAAUAACUUCUAUAACAAAGUGGAAGAAGGAAGCAUUGUCCUAAAACCAUCUAAGACCUUUGAAUUCUAUGAGAAUGGUGUCCUCCUUAAAGACAAUACCACACUGAUAGAAACUGAUUUGGUGAUCUAUGCCACAGGAUUUAGAGGUGAUCAAAAGCUAAGAAACAUCUUUGUCUCUCCCUGGUUCCAAAAUAUAGUAGCAGGGACAGAAGAUAUGAUAGUUCCUCUGUACAGGGAGUGUAUACAUUCUCAGAUUCCACAGAUGGCCAUCAUUGGGUAUUCUGAGAGCAUAUCAAACCUCCACACUUCAGAGAUGAGGGCAAGGUGGUUGGCUUGCUUCCUCGACAAUGGUUUCCUAUUACCAAGUAGAAGAAACUUGGAGAAUAAUAUAAUGGAGUGGGACAAAUAUUAUAAAAAAUAUUCAGGCAGUUCAAAAGAGUGUUAUCGAAGAUCUUGCAUCACCCCUGUUAAUAUUUGGUACAAUGAUCAAUUGUGCAAGGAUAUGGGCUGCAAUCCUAGGAGGAAGAAAGGAUUUUUUGCAGAUUUAUUCCACCCCUAUGGUCCUACAGACUAUACUGAGCUUGAGCUAAGAAAAUAAUACAUACAAGUUUACGCAUCGGCGGCAGAUUAUCAUUAAAACUAUAUAUCAUGAUCUAUAUUAUAUCUUAUGCAGAUUGAUAUUUCUUAAAAGAAUUAUUAUAAAUCUCAUCACUUUGAUCAUCAAUUUCUUAUCCUACCUAUUGCUUAGAAGAAUUAAAUUGGUUUCUCUUGUUGUUGAUGAUUUCUAUCAACUUCAGAAAUGAAUGUGCACUUGCCUAGUUCAUUCAUUUUCCAAGAAUAAUAUUAUGUUUUCUUUAAACUUUGGGAAAAAUAUGUCUUUAGGAUUUGAAGUUAUAAGUAGAGAUAAAAAUUUUAUAAAUACUUUUCCCACUAGUUAGCAAGCAAACAAAAAGAGCUACAACAAAGCAUUUCUCAAUUGGAAAUUUUAAGGGCUUACACAACCUACAAUAGAAAAAUAUAAAUAGAAAAUAAAUACUAACAUGGCUCAUUGGUAUAAAUAAACUAGCUUUGAAGGACUCAAGGCAUUGAAAGAUUAAGGCUACGUUUGAACAACUUUCUUAAUGCUUUUAAAAACAGCUUUCUUGCACUAAAAUUUUUAAUUCAAGACAUUUACGUAAUAGAAAGCAAUAAAAAAGCCGUCCCAAACAAAACCAGGGAUAGCUUUCUUACUAUUUUAUCAAGAAGCUUUUUUACUACAAAAUUUUCAAAUUUCAAAAUAUUCGUACUAAGAAACUAUCCCAAACAAAGCCUAAAUUGCAACCACAAUGUUAAAUGCCCCCACAUAAUCCACCUUUAUCUCCAAUCGAACAUAUUUAAAUGGUUACUAUUUAAACAACUAAAUAUGUUUAAAUGACCAAGUGAUGGUGAUCUGUUGGAUAAAAACUCCAUAGUAUUGUUAAAUAACAAAGGCAAAGGUAGGCGGUUGAUAACGUAGUAAUCAACAAUCAAAACACACUCACCCAAAAAUUAAUGGUAGUAGAAACUAGAAAAGUAAAUUAAUUGACUUGAUACCCUCUUUCAUCUAACUAAUGCACUCAUAAUUAAUGAAAGGUCUAAUAUAGGCUUCCUUGAGAUGGGCCUUUUAGAUAAACUAUUUGUCCUAAACAUCACAUUAAUAGAGCUAUCUCCUUUGGAUAUGGGAGAUUAAGACUUCGUUUGCGACGGCUUUCCUACUGCUUCGUAAAGCGGUUUUUUAGUACAAAAUUUUUUAUUUUUGUACUAGAAAGCUGUCUUAAGAAGCAAUAAGAAAGUCGUCCCAAACGAAGCCUAAACCUUAAAGCUCUCCUAUUAAAGAUAGGGAUCAACAUCUUCACAUAAAACUGGAUCAAUAUUGAUUGGAGUUGGGCAGUGCCGAAGGAGAAAUAACAUAAUCUUAUUUUUUAGGAGAAAUAUGAAAUUUUAUAGCAUUAAAGUUGGUUAUCAAUAAGCGCGUUCUAAAACUCGAUUCUAAUUAUCAUAAUGAUUUGAAUACAAAUAAAUAUUAAAGGUAAAUUUUUAUCCUUACAAAAAUAAUUUAUGGCUCAUUAUCAAAAGCACUAGAUCUAUAUGCACAUUAUCAUUCACAUGCUUUCUCAUGACUUGGCUCUUUUGAUUUGUACAACUCAGAAACAAAGCAAAAACACUUAGCCUCUGCUUAUAAUGGAAAUAAAUGUUACCUGCAACUUGAAUUGUUCCGA